CGGGACAAAGAUUUUAUAUUUUCUCCAAAAUCUUUUUUCUUUCUCUUCUAGCCAAAAAGAAAAGUGAAACAGUACUUGAGUUAUUUGUUUGUAUCGAUUUGGGUGUCGAGAAAACUUCAAAACCCAAAUAUCAAUUCACACUUUGAGAGAGUUGUCUAGGGUUUUUUUUUGGGGAUUCUGCUUCUCUUCGUUCUGAUCUUUUUCUUCAUCGAGCUCUCAUGGCUGGGCGAUCAUGGCUGGUUGAUAAACACCGUUUUGCAACCAAGAUUAAGAAUGCAUCGGCUAGUUCUGACCCGCGCCAAGUGGUGUACAGCAGCAAUCCUACAAGACAUUGUCCCAACUGUCAUCACGUCAUUGACAACAGCAAUGAAGUUGAUGAUUGGCCAGGAUUGCCUCGAGGUGUGAAAUUCGAUCCAUCUGAUCCAGAGAUCAUAUGGCAUUUGCUUGCAAAAUCUGGUUCAUCGGGUUUAACUUCCCACCCUUUCAUUGAUGAGUUCAUCCCAACCGUCAAUCAAGAUGAUGGAAUCUGUUACACUCAUCCUAAGAACUUACCAGGUGUCAAGAACGAUGGAACCGUGUCCCACUUCUUCCAUAGAGCAAUCAAAGCUUACAGCACAGGAACUCGAAAGCGUAGAAAGAUUCACGAUGAUGAUUUUGGCGAUGUGCGCUGGCAUAAGACAGGAAGAACAAAACCGGUUGUGUUGGAUGGUGUUCAAAGAGGCUGCAAGAAAAUAAUGGUUCUCUAUGGUGGCAAAGCCGUGAAAACGAACUGGGUGAUGCACCAAUAUCACUUGGGAACAGAUGAAGAUGAGAAGGAAGGUGAUUACGUUGUUUCUAAGAUAUUCUACCAGCAGCCACAGCAGCAAGUUGCAGUCAAGCAAGGUGAUAAGGAUGAACAGGAAGUCUCUGAAGAUAUCUUUGCUGCAAUGACUCCAAAAGCGGAUCCUGUCACACCAAAGUUGUUUACACCCGAGCCUCGACAGGUUGUCCGUCUUUGCUCUGAUUCUCACAUCGCCAAUGACUAUGCUACUCCUCAUGACUAUGUGACUGCCCGUGAGGUUUCUCUUGCUGAGACAACUGAGGCAAUGUAUAUGGAAGAUGAGGUUCAGGGGGUUCAACUUAAUCAUGGAAGACCAAGUUUCGAGUAUGAGCGUGAGCCUGAGACCGGGAUUGAAAACCUUGAAAAUGAAAUGAUAGAUGAUAACGAAGACAAAGAGAAGGAUAAAGAAGAUGAAAACGACCAAGAAGACAAAGAGAGGGAUAGAGAAGAUGAAAACCAAGCAGAGGAAGAUCCGAAUUGGCCGGACAGUGGAUCUCAGUUUAUCUUGAACUCGCAACAGCUUGUGGAAGCCUUGUCUCUUUGCGGUGAUCUCUUGCAGACGGGGUCGCAGGAGAGAGAAGAAAACACAAACAAUGGAGGCUCAAGGAAUAAACAACCAUGUUUUGCUGACUACGCAAAUCUAGGAACAGAAGACUUCAAAAGGGAUCUGGAGGAAUGUCAGAAAAUCGUUCUUGAUCCCUCCAACAUAGACCUCGAUACUCCACCUGAGUUUCGUCUGAGCCAGCUGGAAUUUGGAUCACAGGAUAGCUUUCUCGCUUGGGGCACUGGAAAGACUGACUGACUGACCAAACAGAAAUCCCACGAGAUUGGGACGGACAACGGAACUCAUCGAUAUUUUUUGUUUGGUUGGCAAAACGGUGCCACGCUGAUGAAUGAUAUUUUCACUGUAGCCUGUAGGCCUCAAGUGCUUGAUUUAAGGAUGUUUUUGGUUUUUGUUUUUUUUUUGUUUUUUUUUUUUUUUCGGGUUAAGAACAACUACUUUGGAGCGUGUCUCCGAUCUAACAUUCCAUGUCCGUAAGUAUAUAAUGCUUUUGAGAAUUUUACAAGUCCAAAACCUCCAUGUAUGGGCUCUAAAUCAAUAGGAAAC